AUUUAACAGCACAUCACCUAACCAAACACGGCAUGACACAACAGCACACUCACACACUUUCACUCUCCUCUGGAACACUGCACUGCGCUUUCACUCAUCCAUGGAUAAGCUAACACCAAACGCUGCAAACUCAGUACCCCUCACUCCACUCACCUUCUUGGAAAGAGCAGCAAUCGUGUACGGUGACUCUCAUUCUAUCGUCUACGACCACAUUUCCUUCACCUGGUCACAAACCCACCGUAGAUGCCUCCAACUCGCUUCUUCCCUCACUUCUCUGGGCUUAGGACGUGGCCAAGUCAUCUCUGUUCUCUCCCCAAACACUCCCUCAAUGUAUGAACUUCAGUUUGCAGUUCCCAUGUCUGGCGCCAUUCUCAACAAUCUCAACCUCCGUCUCGACCCCCACGCGCUCUCCGUCCUCCUGCGCCAUAGCGAAUCAAAACUUGUCUUCGUCCACUCUCAUUCACUCCCUCUUAUUCUCACCACUCUUUCAAAAUUCCCCCACACCACACCGCGUCCUUCCCUCGUCCUUAUCACAGACGAUGGCUAUGGGGAUGCGGAUGCUGUCGCGGCAGCGCACGCAAUGGACACCUACGAGCGCCUUUUGAGCAGAGGCAACCCGAACUUCCGAUGGGCACGGCCCAACUCCGAGUGGGACCCAAUAACCCUAAACUACACCUCCGGAACAACAGCGUCUCCCAAGGGCGUGUUACACUCCCACCGCGCAACGUUCAUGAUAGCCCUCGACUCUCUCAUCGACUGGUGUGUGCCAAAACAACCGGUUUACUUAUGGACCCUACCGAUGUUCCACGCUAAUGGGUGGGGCUUCGCGUGGGGGAUUGCAGCCGUUGGCGGCACCAACGUUUGCAUACGUAAAACCAACGCUCCGAUAAUUUACCGUUCGAUCGAGUCUCACAACGUGACACACAUGUGCGCGGCGCCGGUGGUUCUCAACAUGCUGCUCACGAGAGAAGAACCACUGAAAAACCCGGUUCAUGUCCUCAUCGGAGGUUCGACGCCCCCGGCGUCGGUUCUUGCUCGGGCGGAGGAAGUAGGGUUUGUGGUGAGCCACGGGUACGGGAUGACGGAGACGCUGGGGGUGGUGGUGUCGUGCGCGUGGAAGAGGGAAUGGGAUAGGCUUCCGAGGAGGGAGAGGGCACGGCUGCUGGCUCGGCAGGGGGUGAGGACGGCGGCGAUGUCGGAAGUGGACGUUGUAGAUCCGGCGAGCGGAGUAAGCGUGAAGCGCGACGGGGUUACAUCGGGGGAAGUAGUGGUGCGAGGCUCUUGCGUGAUGAUGGGUUAUCUGAAGGAUUUGGAAGGAACGAGAAGGUGCGUAAGAGAAAAUGGGUGGUUGUACACGGGGGACGUAGGGGUUGUGCAUGGGGAUGGGUAUUUGGAGAUAAAAGAUAGGUCGAAAGACGUGAUAAUAAGUGGGGGAGAGAACGUGAGCAGCGUGGAGGUGGAAGCCGUGAUGUAUGCGCAUCCGGCGGUGAGAGAGGCGGCGGUGGUGGGGCGGCCGGACGAGUUCUGGGGGGAGACCCCGUGCGCGUUUGUGGAGCUGAAGGAGAGGUUGGAGCGCUGGCCAACGGAAGAAGAGUUGGUGGAGUUUUGCAGAGAAAGGUUGGCUCACUUCAUGGUGCCGAAGACGGUGGUGUUCAAGGAUGCGCUGCCGAAGACGCCGACGGGGAAGAUUCUGAAGCACGUGCUGAGGAAGGAGGCUCAGGGUAUGGGGUCCUUGGCUACACGCAGUCGCAUGUAGAGUACGGUUUGUACUGUACUAAACAAACAACUAUUAUAGGUUUGGUUUGGCGUGUUUCACCUUUUUUGAGUCUUCAGAUUUUGAUUUUGUUAAUUAAUUACUUUUAAUUGAA